AUGGAAGCCGUUAUAGAUCGGCUGGUGGCGGCGGAAACGGAGAAUCAACCGACGCCGGCUGCUGGAGAAAGUAAGUCACGUGCGAUGAAGCUGAGCCGAACUUCGUCUUCUGAUAGCGAUGAAGUUUAUUCCGACUCCGACACCGACACCGAUGUUGAAAAUCAAAGGCUGUACGAGUUACCCAAUUCUCACGACUUCUACUGCGCCAACUGCGAAUCAAGCAUAACUAAAGUGAUUAUUCUCCGCAACCCUCCGUCGCGGUCGUUGAUCUCGGCUGCCAGAGAAUCAACCGAGCCACCGCCUAGUUGUUCACCAGACCUGAUGUCGACGCUGCAGCCUCGGUAUGAUACAGAUUCAGAAAGCUGUUGCAUUUCCGUUGAAUGCAGAGGCAAUGUGUAUAUGACCUUUGUAUCAAAUCGCCCCGAGCCUAGGCGUUGUUUCGAGAUAGUGAAGAGCAUUGUGUACGGAGGAUUAACCGAAGCAAUCACGAGCCUAGGCAUCGUUACCUCCGCAGCAAGUGCCAAUAUUCCAAUAGAGAUUAUCGGGGCUUUAGCAUUGGCAAACAUGAUUAUCGGUCUUAUUGUCCUCACAAAAAAUAAAGUAUUUACCGGUGCUAUGGGAAAUGUAAUUUUACAGUUCUCUACGCUAAAGUCGAAUCAACCCAUGAAAUACCCAUACCGAAGAAAACGACCACAAGUCGAUCCAUACGAGGAAGCCUUUGGCGACAGGCAGAAUUAUCUUCUUCACUACUCUGCCAUCAUUCUAUCAUUCUUACUCAUCGGGCUUCUGCCUCCUCUGGUUUACAGCUUCUCCUUCCGCCACACCGACGACAACAAUCUCAAACUCGCCGUUGUGGGUGCCAUCUCGCUUCUAUGUAUUGCGCUACUCGCCAUCGCGAAAGCUUAUGUUCGGAAGCCGUUGCAUAAGUAUGUCAUAACCCUAGUAUGUUACAUUGUUCUAGGGUUAGGGGUCUUUGGCCUGUCUUAUUUAGGAGGCAAGGUGCUUGGUAAGCUUCUUGAGCCACUUGGCUCGCACUUUGUUGCUCUCUAAUAUGAACUUUGUAAAACCCACGUGGGGAUUCAUAUGAACAAUGCUUGGUUUCUUUAUUUUCUUGCAAAUGGUUU